AUGUUGAUUAAAAUCAUUAACUUUGUAAUAAUACAAUGGAUGUUUGGAUACUGUCAACCAUACAAACUGCUCGUAGUGUUUCCAAUUCCUGGGAAAAGCCACUCCAUUCUUGGCCAUGCAUUUGUGAAACAUUUGUUAAAUGCCGGACAUGAAGUAACGUAUAUAACACCGAUUCCAAUAAAAGACGUCGAACCACGACUGAGACAAAUUAACGUUGAAUCUAACUACAAUCGGUUUCCUUCAGAUGAUGUGUUAGAUAUACAAAAACUUAUCGAUAAAGAAGUUGAUUUGAAGGAUAUGCCAACAGUAUUUACUUUGAUGUACGACGUGGCCAACGCUACAAUUUUACAUGAAGACGUUCAAAAGCUGCUUCAUAGUGCUUCGGAAGAGUUUGACGCCGUUAUUGCAGAAUGGAUGUAUAGUGAAUUGUAUUCUGGUUUCGCCGCUGUUUUCAAUUGUCCAUUGAUCUGGUUCUUAUCUGUGAGCCCACACAACAUGGCGCUGUCACUAAUAGAUAAAGAACCAAACCCAGCUUACACAGCUGACCAUAUCAUGUCCAAUUCUAUACCACCAUUCACAUUUUGGGAGCGGGUUGGUGAAUUAUGGAUCCUAUUCCGUUGGAAAUUUUACAGAUGGUCAGUAAACGAUCGAGACUCCAAGUCUUUUGAUGAAGCCUUUAAAUCGGCCGUUAUGGAAAGGAGCCGUAUACUGCUCCCGCUGGAUGAACUAAAGUAUAAUGGAUCUUUAAUGUUCGGGAAUUCUCACGUAUCAUUAGGUGACGCCGUCGUAAUACCACGUAAUUUUAUCGAAAUAGGUGGAUAUCACAUAAACAGUACCGUAAAACCUUUACCCAACGACCUUAAAAUUAUCAUGGAUCGAGCUACACAAGGAGUAAUUUUCUUUAGCAUGGGAUCGAUGCUAAAGAGCAGUAAAAUGCCGGAGCAAAUAAAAAGUGGUAUAUUACAAAUGUUUGGUCAGUUAAAACAAACUGUUAUCUGGAAGUUUGAGGAAGAGUUACCGAAUUUACCGAAAAACGUAUAUAUCUUAAGCUGGGCUCCGCAGCAAAGUAUUUUGGCUCAUCCAAACUGUGUUCUCUUCAUCACUCAUGGAGGUCUUCUAUCAACAACUGAAGCUUUACACUUUGGGGUUCCUAUUAUUGGUAUACCAAUGUUUGCCGAUCAGUUCACCAAUGUCAAUAGAGCAGUUGCUAAAGGUUUUGCAAAAAGAGUUGAUCUGAAUUAUGGAACCCCCGAGAACUUGAAGAUGGCUAUUGACGAAAUAUUCAGUACUCCGAAAUAUCGUGAGCGUGUUAAAGAACUCUCUUUUAUAUACAAUGACCGAGCGUUGUCACCUGGAUCUGAGAUUAUUAGAUGGGUUCAUCAUGUAAUAAAAACAAAAGGGUCACCCCAUCUGCGAUCUCCAGCUCUCCUGGUACCUUUGUACCAAAAAUUGUACCUUGAUCUCAUUUUUCUUAUAAUAAUCUCAGUUUUAAUACUCAUUGUUGUUAUAAAAAUAUUUGUAAAUAAAAGACACAUUGUUGUUGAUAUUUCUAAAAAGUUUAGUUAG